GCUCUUACAAAAUGGCCGCCUGAAGACGUUUCCCGCCCUCUUCUUGUUGCCGGGUGGAAUGUGCUUGUGAGGGGACAGAGAACAGCGAACAGACAGAGCCCGAACGGAAAGUCGUGUGUGGUGGUCGGAAAGUGACGAAGCCUCACUCGUGUCUACCGGAGUGCAGGCAAAAUGGCAAAGAGAUUGGCAGACAAGGAGCUGACAGACCGAAACUGGGAUCAGGAGGAAGAGUCUGAGGAUGCGGGAACGUUCUCUGUUGCCAGCCAAGAUGUUUUGAAGAGCAGAGAAAUUAAGAAGGCAAAGAGGAGGAAUGUAGGAAGUGAGUCCGAAGGCAGUGGAGCUUUUAAAGGGUUUAAGGGUUUGUUCCCAACAUCUGGAGCAAGUUUUGGUGGAUUUGGGAGUGACUCUGCUGCAAAACCGCUUCAAAGUUUGACCAACGGAAGUCGCACAACUUCCUUGUUCACCUCAAAGCCUGCUGGUGAAAGCAAACAGUCUUUUGGGUCUGUCUUUACAAAUGGUCCAACGUCUUCAACCACUGAUGGAACUUUUAGCACAGCCAAAACCAACGGAGAGAAACCUUUGCCUACCUCUGGUUCUGGUCCAAAUAGGUCGGUCAGCUCAAGUGACUACAACAAACAGUUGGCAUCCCUGAACUGCUCUGUCCGUGACUGGAUUGUGAAACAUGUCAAUGCAAAUCCACUGUGUGAUCUGACUCCAAUCUUUAAAGACUAUGAAAAACAUUUAGCCACCAUUGAGCAGAAGUAUGCCGUAAGUACAGACAGCGGAUCUGAGAGUGACGGCUCCAAGGGAACUCCAACCAUUCCAUCAUUUGUCCCCUCAAAACUGGAGACCAAGCAGUCUUUUUCUUUCACUUGCAAAGAGAGUAAAUCUGAACAGCCAGCUCAGUCCUCUCCAGAGAAGAAGUCUCCGCCAGCUUCCCUCUUCUCAUUUGGUCAGAAGACAGACACAAGUAGUUUUGGUUCAUUCAGCUCUGGGACAGCAGCUGGAUUCUCUUUCACAGCGGGGGCUGCUGGUCUCUUUGGUAAAGAUUCGACUAAGAACAACAUCGGGCCAUCUUCGUUUUCUGUUCAGUCAGUGUCCACCAACAAGACUGAAGAAUCAGGAGGAGGUGCUGAUGAGGAGGAAGAGCCACCAAAAGUAGUUGUUCAAGAAGUAAAAGAAGAAGAUGCCUUCUAUUCCAAAAAGUGCAAACUGUUCUACAAAAAAGAUAAUGAAUUUAAGGAGAAAGGGGUCGGCACCCUUCAUUUAAAAACGUUAGGAGAUCAAAAGACUCAGCUCCUGGUCCGUGCUGAUACCAACCUAGGCAACAUCUUGUUGAACAUUUUGGUCCAGCCAUCUAUGCCGUGUUCAAGAACAGGGAAGAACAAUGUGAUGAUCGUAUGUGUUCCUAACCCUCCCAUCGCUGAGGAAAAUCCAACUACUCCCGUCACCAUGUUAAUCAGAGUUAAAACCACAGAGGAUGCGGACAAGCUGCACAAAAUUAUUUUGGAGAAAAAGGGGGCUUAAUACUCAGAUGCCUUCUUGGGAUUUUUCUUUUUGCCAAGUUGCUGCUCAUUAAUCAAACUCAAGGGUUGCCAUUCGUCGAGUAAUGAUCUUUUGACCCACGUAUCUUCUCACUGCAAAAAGAUUGUUUUCGUAAGGUUUUUUUGUCAGGAAAGAUUCGGAUGGUAAUAAAGCUUUAAGGAAAACAGUGUUUGUACAAUGUCAAAGGAAUGCCUGGUGUCAAUGUGAAUGGCUAGAUUAUCACAGACUAGGCCUUAGCCAGCCCUCAUACAAGAGGAGGAGCACAAAAUACCAGUCGAGAACUCAACGUGCGUUCUGCUCCAUGUCCUUCUUUCUGCUUCUUCUUUCAACUCGAGUUUUCUCUUUCCUGACAUUGGGCAGUUGAUUCUUCUAUAUUAUGUCUAUUUGGAAAUGAUCUUCUGAAGUGUGUCCCCUCCAGAACAGCACCAGUGUCUUAAAGCGAUUUUCCCAUCUUCGAAAGUGAUGGCAUGUAGCUAGAUGUCAUUUUAUGAUUGGUGGGGGUCUGACCUCUUGGUUCUCCACUGAUCCCAAGAAGGAAGGGUCCUCUGACCAUGAGCUGUGCAGGGGUCUGCAGUGGGCCCCAUUAGAGUAAAUGGUGUUGGUGGAACUUUUGGAAUUGCACUUCUGACUUUAAUACAUAAUAAUUUUUUCCUUUUUUUCUUUUCUAAAUGUGUAAGGGCUGCGGAAUUAAUUUCAACUUGUUUUCUCUGUAGGAACAACGUCGCCAUAUUUCUCUCGUGAUCUGAAUGCUUGCAACUGGGAAAUAUUGCGUUUAAAAAUGUGGGAGGGUGGAGAUUUUUAUUUAUUUUUUUCCUAGAGGAAAAGGUGACAGUGCAUUAAAACAAAUGGUACUAAUGAGGUCUCGGUAUUACGAAGGGGUCUUGGGUGCUUUGUCUUGUGCUAAUGGUCCCAUUCUUGGGAUUAUUGGAGGUCCACAAUCAUUAGCCCCUAAAGAAAGUAGCGUUUUGAUAUAUUGAAGAUGGAUUAUUAUGGAAUUCCCUUUUUAACCUUGUGUUUAAUAAAUGUGGCCAAGAUGUUUGAAGAGUUGGCAUUGCCCUACCCAUCUGAAACCUUUUCCAGUAAUAGGCUGAUCGCAUGAGAUGCCAGGACCUGCAUGUAGAGAUUAUUGUUGGGGGGAGGGGUAGCAGCUAUCAGCUAGUCUUUAUUUCCCCUGCAGCAGUCCUGAAGGAAAAAAGGAAGCCUUUACCUAGCACCUAUUGAAACCAGUAGGCAACCCAUGUAAUGUACAGAAAGCCCUCAAGAUGGAGAGGCUCUGCAGCUCUACACUUAGGCUUCAUGCACAUGGCGGUACUGUGUUUUGCAGUCUGCAAAUUGCAGUUAACAGCUGUGUGUUCUGCAUUUUGCAGAAUGGAAAGUCUGGCCCUCAAUAGACCAGUUCUAUUGGACAUGUUCUAGUUGUUUGUUUUAGAUGCAGAUAGUACACAGAGCGCUGUCUGCAUCUUUUGCGGUCCCGUUGAAGUGAAUAGGUCUGCAUCGAAGCCGCUACAAAAAUAAAAAAUUCAGAACCAAACCACAUUAUUGUGCAUGAGCCCUUAGGCUAACGGAGAACAUGUGGCUCUUCAGAUGUUGUGGAACUACAAGAAUGGGUAUACAGGGAGUUUUCAGUCUGAAGGGCCACAGGUUGCAGAUCAACUGCAUUUUCGUAUAUUGAAAGGUGGUAGACAAUACUUUUCAAGCCAUGUCUUACAUGGACCAAUUGAUAUAGUAAUUGCUAGAGAUGAGCGAAUUUCAUAUUUUGAAAUUCGUUCACACUUCGUUUACUGGUAAAAGGUGAAUUGCGUUAUGGAUUCGGUUACCAUGGACCAUAAUGCAA